AAGGGCACAGUCAAAGACAACAACUGGAAAUGAGAAGUGGCAUUAAUAAAGGGCAAAGCUACUGUUUACUAUGCUGUGUUUUAAGCGCGGACAGGACUCUCCAGUGCGCCAUGCAUGUGCCCGGAGGGGCGGGGUGGGUGGCAGAGCAGGGACAGCGGGAGAGAAGGGAGAGGAGAGAGGAGGAAGGCAGGACUGGCAGGGUGCGGUCUGAAGUGCCAACAGAUCGUUUUGGAUCACUCAAAUCCCUUCAAUUCAACUGGAAAGCUGCAGCUUGUUGCGCGCUGGCCGCAUCUGGGGAGGAAGAGCUUUCAAACCAGGCAGCGGGGCUGAAGAUGUUGUGACAGUUCCCAGCGUAAAAAGAAAGAGGGAGAGAAACCACAACACUGCAACUUGGAUAUCAGUAACCACUCUCUCUCUUUAACUCUCUCACCCACCAAAUCGACUUUGAACCUGUUUGUUUAAAUACACGGACUUUACAGCCUGCACACUUACUGUUGAUUCUGUCAGGCGGCGGGAGCGAAGUUUCUCAAUUUUGGCUCUGUUUUGUUUGGAGCAGCUGAAAAGUUUUUGGUGUCCUCAUGGUGCCGGGUACAGCCGAGGUGCUGAGCGUCUUUGAUCAGAAGUUUUCGGACGUGAUACUGCGACUGUCACGGACGAUGGAGUCGGGAGCUGAACCGGAGAGUUACUGAAGACGUCGCUCUCUCUCCCCCGGGAGCGUCCUGCCUCCCCCCGGGGCGAUGCGGAUCUCCUUCCUCCUGCUUACCGCCUCUCUGUGUGCCUUGGUCCUCCUCCUCGCACCUGCCUCGGAGGGCUGCGGACCGGGGAGGGGGUACGGCAAGAGGCGGCUCCCGAAGAAACUCAUCCCGCUAGCUUACAAGCAAUUCAGCCCCAACGUGGCCGAAAAGACCCUUGGAGCAAGCGGCAGACCCGAGGGCAAAAUUACGCGCAACUCCGAGCGCUUUAAAGAGCUGACGCCGAAUUACAACACAGAUAUUAUCUUCAAAGAUGAGGAGGAUACCGGCGCAGACAGGCUCAUGACCCAGCGUUGCAAAGACAAGUUAAACUCUCUUGCCAUCUCUGUGAUGAACAUGUGGCCCGGUGUGAAGCUGAGAGUGACAGAGGGCUGGGAUGAGGACGGUCACCAUUCAGAGGACUCACUGCACUAUGAGGGACGUGCUGUUGACAUCACCACCUCUGACAGGGACAGAAAUAAAUACGCCAUGUUGGCUCGGCUGGCUGUAGAAGCUGGAUUUGACUGGGUCUACUACGAGUCCAAAGCCCAUAUUCACUGUAGUGUCAAAUCAGAACAUUCCGUGGCAGCCAAAACCGGUGGUUGUUUCCCUGGGGAUGCUCAGGUCACCGUCGAGGGCGGGUCUACUAAACAAAUGCGUGACCUCCAACCCGGAGACCGUGUCCUGGCUUCCUUAACCACAGAUCCUCACGAGACCCUGAUCUACAGCCCGGUCUUAUCCUUUCUGGACCGUCAGCCCAACGCCACAAGGGUCUUCUACAUCAUCAGCACCAGCACAGGGCUUAAUAUUACUCUCACGGCUGCUCACCUGAUCUUUGUCACAGACUGUACAGAAGAAGAGACAGCUGGGGAGCCACUUGUUAGCUCUUUAUGGGACACCAGGUCGGGCUUGAAGGCAGGCCUGAGGACAGUUUUCGCCAGUGACGUCCUGCCGGGACAGUGCGUACUCACCUCACAAGAGAAAGAGGGGUCACAGGCAAAACUUUCCAUCAUCACGUUUGUAGAGGAACGGAGGAAAACAGGGCUGUAUGCCCCGCUAACCCAACAUGGGUCCGUAGUGGUGAAUGGUGUGUUGGCAUCAUGCUACGCUGCCAUGGACAAUCACCACUUGGCCCAUUGGGUCCUGGCCCCACUGAGAUUCUUCUACAGCCUGAUGGGACCCUCAGAGCCGCAGACUGACGGCCUUCACUGGUACCCUUCGCUUCUACAGAGGGUGGGACAAAUACUGCUGGAUGCUGGACGCUUCCACCCCUGGGGGUUAGACCAAGGACUCAUAGAUGAGCAACAGAGAUAUGUCUCACACUGAUGACGUCAAUCACUUCCCUGUAUUCAGGAGAACCAAAGCACAGAGGGCCGACAAAGACAAUCGAUUUUUAUAAUGGUAAUUUUUCAAACUCUACUUGCCUGUGUUUGCUGUAAAAACUUUAUUUUGUAGAGACGAGGGCUGAGAUAUGCAUCUCUGUAUAUUUGGAAAAAUAAGUUAAAUACAUUCCAGAAAAUUUUAAAGACUGGAAAAACUACGAUGGUGACAGAAAAUCCAAGAAAGUUCCAGAAGCUCUUGAUGUAAAUUAACUUGAAUUUAGAAAAUACUCACUCAAGCAUCUCUUAUUCAUAUAAAGAGCUUAACUUAAUGACAAAAAGGUUCCCCUCAGAGCAUGUCUGAAACAAAACAGUGGUAGCUUUGACUAAAAACAAAUGACAAAAAGAAAGACAGACUAGCGUGAACGAAAACAACUGAUGAAACAUACUGUGGUUUAAGGCUUUAUAUGUACAUUGGGUAUUUAUACAGUUGCUGUUCACUGUCUGAGCCAUCACUACAUCAGUCCAGCCAUUUCUAUACUGUACAUCCAUCAAAAGAAAAUAAUAUUUGACUAAAAUAUAUGGGAUAGAAGUAUCUGUAUUAACUGAAUUUGAUGUAGCAAUUUGUAAACAUUUGGAUAACGCUAUUUGGGCCUUCCUGAAAAACUACUGAAUAGCAGGGAGUAAUAGCAGACAUGGUAACUGUAUAUAGGCUACUUCAGCUUUACAACAUUUUGAAGUACUGAUGAAGUAAACAGGACACGGCUAUGCUGUCAAUCUGUUUUACCAAUUAUGUCAUCUGCUGUCAGUCAACUUGAUUGUCUCAAACUGAUUCAUAUUGUUCAUUUAUAUAUUAAUUUAAAAGGUUUAUUUUGUGACAUGUUUUUUAAUUGUUUCAGGUAUUCAAUUCAGGUUACUUUUAUCUGGUAAAGGCAUACACCACACUCAGGCUGUAUUUAACUACUGUAUUUAAUAACAGCUACGCAUUAUAUUCGCCAUAUUUAAACAGCAACUGUCUUCCUUUCUCAUUUUGCUCAGGACAGGAAUCUAAAAUGAUGAUAUAAUGUACUAUGGAUGUUUUCAAGGUUUCAAGUCAUACAGAAGUGGUGAACACACAACAAGUUUUUUUUCUAUACCUUCACAAUUAGUAAAAAAAAUAUUGUUAAAAUUCAGGGUGACAUUGGGCUGUUUUUUUCAGGUAGAAUAGGCCUGAAGUAUUUAAUAAUCUACUAGCUAUUGUAAGACAACAGCAGACACUGACUUCUUUGCGUGGAGGUGCGGUUUGACAAAUAUGGUACAAAAGGAAAGAGACGGAUUCCUGGCUAACAGUAAAUUUAGGAUGCUAACGGUAAUGUUGGCUAGGAUUUGGCUGAAUGCUAAUAUCUGCUGUUGUGACUGAGCUAUCAGCAGCUAUGGAGUUAUUAACUUGAUAUUACUUGUACCAGAUUUCACCACGUAAUGUUUCUCAGUUGCUAAUAUUUCAAAGU